GAGAUGUAAACAAUGAACAACUCCCCUGUCGCAUGGCUUUGGGGGACCCUCUCCGCCGACACGACUCUCGCGAUUUAUUUGGUUUAAACGCGUCGCAUAACUUUUUCCUCUACCCCCACCCACUCCUCUAAUAGUCUCUGUUGACAUGAGACUGGUGAUGUUUUUUCUUAUUUACAUUUGCCACUAAUACCCAACUUUUAGUUUAUUUGGCCCAUUCGUCAUCAUGAUCGACCCCCUCGUCACUGGCGCGGAGCCCACACGCGACAGCGGCAUGUUGUCUCAAGACCCGAUUACCGCCGAUUGCUUCCUGCCGCCGCGGACAUCCUGCCCGAAAGCAUGGCAACGCGUUGCUGUCGCCCCUGUACCCGGUCUCCGCCGACAGCUCAAGAUUUGGAAACGAGUUGGUGGGCAAGUAGCGCAACCUGACCAGGGGCCAUACGUUCGCGCCAUGUCGGAGCUCGAGCUACAAGGCGACGGCCCAAGGAAGCAAGCGCGACGCGCGCGUCACAUGCAGGCUUGGGGGGACGCCAGGUGGGAUUCAAGGGUGGAGGAGGGGCGUGACGGGAAGCAGGAUCUUGUCGAGGCACGAGCUAUGGUAUCCGCCGCCGAGCAGGAAGCAGCAACCCCAACAAGCGUCGACAACACCAAACCCUCAACAUUUUCUCCAGAGCGCUUGAAAUGGGUGCCGAGGAAGCGGCAUAACUCGCGCUGGCCGAUCGAACCGAAGAAGGAGCCGACACGCAUGAUGGCCGACCUACAGCCCCUGAUCGAAUUCGAUGUGCCCGCUUCGCCCGAACCUAGCGAGGCCAAGCUGAGGAUGGACGAGAAACAGAUGGGCAGGCGCUCCACUCGCCGGCUCAGUAGGCGCAUUUCUCUCAUCCCGGGAGAGGGCUCGCCGCGGAAGCUUCCCAUGAUCACCUUGUCACCCGCGAACAGCUCAACUCCGGCACUCUCCCCAGUCAAGAGGCCACCUGUCUCACUUUCGCCAACAAAGGUCGCCGAUUCACCGCACCGCUCAUUCAGCGUUAACGCCACCCCUAUGAAGGUUGUUCUGGAAUCGCCAAAAAUCAACCCACCGGAGAGGUCCCCGGCAAAGCUUGCUGGGUCACCAGCUGCACCCGUCCAAGAUGUGGCAUCCACCCCGGCGGCUAGCGCGGCGGACCUGCCGUCUUCGGAAGAUUCACCCGCCAGCCCCGUUCCGCUGCUGUUUGACCAGCCGAUUCCGGAUGCUCAAGUUGAGCCUCAGUAUGAAGCCUGCAGACGACGCUCGCUCCAAUCCGCACGCCGGAGCGAUCGCGGUUCGAGUGGUGCCUCGCGACUGCUAGCCCUGAAAAAGAGUGGGCGCAGUAGCCCCAACCGCAGGCACAGCUUCACCUCGCUUGAAGAUCUGCCGGCGGAUGCCCGCGGAGAUUCCAAGAGCAGGCGGAACACCAUGGAUGUUUUCUGUGUGGGGCCCGAGGAGGUCCGCGGAGCUGCAGGUGGGGAUGAAGUGGUUGAGAUCGAUAUGAAGACCAGCCUUGAUAUCUUCGGCCAGCCGAACAAGACUGCCGAUUCUGCCACUGGCGAGCAGAGAAGCCCUGAGGAGACACAGCCUCUCGAAUCCGAAUCCCGUUCGACGCCGCCAGCCGACACCGUUCCGGCGCACGGCAAUGAUAACCCGAGUACCCCGAGCUCCGUUUCGGGUUCAUCACCUGAUAACGCUUUUGGUGUGACGGAGGGGACAGGGGUUGAGACGGAACCGGAACAUACGACCCCCCGUCAGGUAGCAACCAGCCUGAUGGGCAACCAAGCCGACACGGCGCACGACUCAGUCCUUGAACCUACCCCUCACACCUCGGAGGAAUCCUUGACCUUCGAGGAGGAGACCGAGCCCUAUGGGAUGUUUGAGCCGCAGGAUCCUGAAGGUCUCUCAACCAUCUACGAGGAGUCGUCUUAUAUUGAAGGUGCAUCUCUAAAGGAAGUUGACGUGGAGCACACUGUCCAAGCGCGGACGCCUGACGCCAGUGGUCAAUUAUGCAUUGAUGACGAGCAGCCGUCGGACGCUGAACUGAUCAAGGAGCAGCUUACUGACAGCGAGCCUUCGAUCUUCACGGAGGGGCUGAAUGAGCCACCAGCAAGUGAAGAGGGAACCCACCCACGCUCUAUCUCUCCAGAACCGAGCACAGCGAUGGUUGAAGCGUCGGUCAACGCGCUAGAAGCGUCAGUGGAUGAGCGGUCCGCGGCCGAGUCGGUAUCUGAGCCGCACGUCUCCGCCAGCCACGUUGCCAACACCGCAGCUUGCAUGGCCUCUCCUGAUUCGCCGCUCCUCGAACGCGGAGCACCGGCGGCCGAAACCUCGCACGAGAUUCUAGAUGUCGAAAAGACCAAAGUCGAGUCCCCGUCUAGCGUCCCGAAGUGCGAUACGCCACAGCGGGCUUCAGACAUUGCCCAAGUCGCGAGUUCUCCAUCUCCAAUUCAUAUGGAGCAGUUUUCAACACCGGAGCCCAAAGUGGGCACCGCUGCCACUCAGGAGGAAAGCUCCGGGUUCACUCCCAUCAACGGUCGCCAGCCUUCGCCUCCGAAUGCCCCAUCAUGCCGUCUCCGGGAUGAUGACGAGGCGGAGGCCGACCAGGAAUCGGAUGAGCUCGACGCUGAUGAAGUACUCGAGGAGGAACUUGGCGUGGACGAAGGUGACGACGCGGCUAUGGCCAUGGAUAUGGACGAGGACAUGACGGUCGAGCCACCCAGGCCAGAGUGCGACACGCUACAACUGCACGCCAGGCACGAUGACUCGGAGACAGAGAUGCUGCGGAACUUUGUCACACGGGUCACAGCAGAUAAGAACGCCAAGGCGGCAGCAGCAGCGGCCGCGCUCGUCAAGAAGAUCGCCCGUCGCUCCGGCUCGCUCGGAUCUAUUACCUCUUCCACCGGUUCCCCGAUGGCCAAACCGGCACCGGAGACCCCCGCCAGCAGAACGCCACUGGGGGAAAGGAGCCCCAACAGCCGCAGCCCAGCCAAAAAGCGCAAAGCCGACUCCCUCGAUGACGACUUAACCAAGGACGGCCCAGCCGAGGACCCAUCCGACCAGCCCAGCGAAGCGCCCCGCCUCAAGCGGCGGCGCACGCGCGCCGCUGCCGACCCCAUCCUCUCCAACCCCCUCCCCACCACCACCACCACCGCAACCCCCUCCCCCGAACCCGACAACAACAGCAACGACGACGACACCACCACCACCAACACCACCGGCCCGCGCCGCUCCACCCGCGCGCGCAGCACACGCGUCGCCCUCCGGCCCUCGGCCCCCUCCGCCAACGCCAUCGCCUUCUCCAUGAUCCCCGUGCGCCUUCCCGGCAUGGGCGCCAUGGACGACGCGGCGGCCAUGGACGCCCACCUGGCCUCCAUGGCGCGCCAGCGCAGCGAGGAAAAGGGCCUCGCGGCGGCCACCCGCGCCAAUACCCGCAAGAAUAAGGGGGCGGCGCUGCCGCCGCCUGUGUUGCUAGCGCGGCAGGCGGAGGAUCCGGCGGGGUGGAGGAUGAGGGAGUUGAAGGGGGGUUGGGAGGCGAAGGAGAGGCGGGCAGCUGGGGAAGUUGGGGAGGAGGGGAGUGAAGGAGUGGGUGUGGAGUUGGGUGAGGGUGGGAAAGAGAAGGGUGGGAAGGGGAAGGCGGUUCGGUGGGCGGAGGAGCUGGUGCGGUUUCAGGAUAACGAGCCGAGCGUGUUUCGCGGGAUGGCGAGGGAGUUGUUGGCGGAUGUCAUGGUGGAUGAUGACGGGGUGGAUGAGAUUGCCGAGGCGGAACCGCCUGUGCCGGCGGAGCCCGUCGUCGAGAAGACGGCGCGGGUGGCCGCGCGGAAGGCUGGGACCGCCGCUGCGACUCCUGCUGCCCCUGCUGCCCCGGCGCCCGCACCCGUGUCGACCAGGCGGACGAGGUCGUCUAGGUUGCCACCUCCGACGCCGGUUAAGAAGAUGCGUGGUGCGGAGAAGACGGGCGGGGAGAAGGCAGCUCCCGCUGAGAAGCCUGCCGCCGAAAAGCCGGCCGUCGAGAAACCCGCCCCCGAGAAGACCAGUACCGCCGCUCCCAGUUUGCGGACCAGGGCACGGUCUUUGCCUAGGCGGACGGCUAAGGCUGCGUCUACGGCUCCUGCCCCACCAGCGGUCGAGCCGCAACCUAUUGCUGCUACGGCUUCGAAGACGGGGAUGGCCACGCGGCGGACGAGGGUCACGAAGUUGGGGAUGAGUGGGAAUGGGACGCCGGCGCCGAAACGCAGGGGCAAGGCGGCGGCUUGAUGGAUUUCCGGGGCGGGUGAUGGGAGGCAUUUUUUAAAGGCGAGAUCAAGUUGGCUUAGAAUGCAUGGCUGGAUUUGAAAGCAGUGCUUGGGGAAUAGCGAAUACCCCUGUCAGAGUUUUGUAGGGAUGCUGUUGAACUGGAUUUUGGGCAUCGAGAUUAUGGUUUAUUAGUCACAUACAGAUUUGUCUAUGCAUAUCUUUGCGCUUCUGGGUGAUUGUUUUC